UUCAGUGUGUGGAGUUUGUUUGUGCGACUUUAAGCCUUGCCUUAAGCAUAUGUCUGGCACAUGAGAUCGGCAGGGGUGGCAGGUGACAAGUUCGCGGAAUCACGCCACUCUACGUUUUAUCGUGCAUGCCCUUGUAGCCCGGCAUUCUUAAAUUGUCAAAGUGCUAGUAAAAGUCAAGUAGUUCAACCAACUUGAUACUCCCACUGACAUGCAAAGAGACUUUCAGACAUUUUGAUCAGGUUGUCAUCCUAAAUUAUUUGAUAUCAGAGACAGAGUCUUGUUUCUGGAAGGCAGACAGAUCAGUACUGCAGAAAAUAUGGUUUUGAUGACCAUGAUUGCAAGGGUUGCUGAUGGUUUACCAUUGGCAGCAUCAAUCCAGGAGGAUGAACAGACCGGACGCAACAUUCUGGACUACCAGAAUCAGGCCAAGAUGCUGUUCCGGAAGCUGACACCGCAGAGUCCCACCCGCUGCUCCAUAGAGACGGGACCCUACCUGUUCCAUUACCUGAUCGACGGCGCUGUCUGCUACCUGACGCUCUGCAGCCGGGACUACUCCAAGCGGCUGGCGUUCUCAUACCUGGAGAACAUCGCGCAGGAGUUCCAGGCCCAGUACAGCCGCCAAGUGCACACCGUCUCCCGGCCCUACAGCUUCAUUGAGUUCGACACGUACAUCCAGAAGACGAAGAAGACGUUCAUGGACAGCCGAGCGCGGCGGAACCUCAACAACAUCCACGGCGAGCUCAACGACGUGCAGCGCAUCAUGAUGGAGAACAUUGACGACGUGCUGCAGCGGGGCGCCGCCCUCUCCGAUCUAGACAACAAGGCGAGCGGUCUCUCCAUCAUGUCGCAGAAGUACCGCAAGGACGCGCGCAGCCUCAACAUGCGCAGUCUGUACGCCAAGAUGGCGGCCGGCGGCGUGUGCGUGUUCGUCUUCUUCCUCUACUUCUGGGUGCUGUAGGGGGCGGUGUCGGGGCGGGCGUGGCCGGCGCCUCAGCUUCCCUGUUCGGCGCCGGCCACUCUAUUCCAGUGGGAGCAGCGACAGCUCAGCGGUGGUUGGCCUUUGACGCUCCGGUGACGCGGCAACGGCUGGGUGGCGUCAACUGACGCGACUCAGGCCGGACCACGUCGGCUGACGUGGUCAGGCUGGAUGGCGUCAGGUGAUGCAGCUCCGGCCGGACUACGUCGGCUGACGUGGUCUGGCUGGAUGACGUUAGCUGAUGCGACUCCGGCCGGAUGACGUCAGCUGACGCGACUCCGGCUGGAUGACGUCAGCUGACGUGACUCCGGCCGGAUGAGGUCGGCUGACGCGGCUCCGGCGCCGCCGGUGCUCGCGCGCCGCCGCUCUCCCAGGGGUGAAGACGCCGGUGUCUGGCGUGACGCGGCGCUUGUGAUAGUGAGCCGCCCCACCGUCAGGAGUGGGCCGCAGAGGGGGGCUGCUCUGGUAUUCAGAGCGUGCACGGCGCUUGUAAUAACGCUGGCGAAUGCACCCUCUUGAGAUGGACGAUGUGAGAGUCGGUUGUUUAUUGGGCGGCGGGCGUGUCAUGGCGGAUGUUGCUUCCCGUUCACUGAGUUUUAUCGCAGGCAGGUACGUUGAAAUAUAUAUUUAAGGAAAAGAGCCA